AUGGGAUAUUUCUCUUCCGAUGGAACCCGGCUUGCCAAGAAGAGCCCCAAGAAACAGGAGAAGAAGAUCGAGAAGAAGGACGUCGAGAGAUUGAAAGACGAAAAGAAGCUUGCUGCCCCCAAGGAGGCUUCCAUUCAGAAGAAAGAGACCAAGAACCUUGCGGCUAAGAAGACGAUACAUCUCAUGCGGCCCGUUAUGUAG